AUGGCAGCUGACGGUGACAGCGAGAAAUCAACGACGACAUUCCGAUGGCUAGACGCGGCGAGGUACGUGCUGGCCUUGGUGAUGACCGUUCUCAUCGUUGCCGUUACAGUGCACGCCAUCAAGGUGGUUCUCCGCCCUGAGGUGCUGUCUGUAUCGGUCGUCGGGGGCUCACUUCCCUUCUUCAACAAGCCGCUGUCGCAGUCGCCGUCGCCGGCGAAGAAUGCCGAGAUAGUCCUAGAUGUGAAAGUCCGCUUCUACAACCCCAGCGGCCGCGUCCGCAUGUACUACACCAACAUCACCGUGUACCUGUUCGGCAACGACUCGCGGGCGACGUCGUCGAACCCCGCCGCCGACUCCUUCGUCUUCUUCCCACUCAGCAAGUCGAAGACCGUGGAGCAGCUGGGUACGGUGGAAACCGACCUGCAGCUGCACCUGACGUCCGACGCUGUACACCCGCCCUACUUCGCGAUGCUGUACAGCGGCGACGGCAUCGUCGGCGGCGUGACGAUGCGGAUAGAGGGCGAUCUCAUCACGGAGGUGGUGUCCGGGUUCAACAAGUCGGCUCCGCAGACCACGUACUACUGCGCACCAGUCAUCGUCGGCGGGGACCCGGACGACAAGGCGGACAGCAACAGGGCGGACGUGUCCUGCACCGAGCGCGCCGAGCUGCUGCAGAAAUGA